AAUCUCAGGCAUCUUGAGAUAGAAAGAUGUGAUAAGUUGGCUUAUAUGCCACGUGGGUUGGGGCAACUGACUAAUCUUCAGACUUUAUCAACAUUUGUGGUCCACAAGGAUCCUCUCUCUAGGCAUAGCAGUGAGUUAAAAGAACUAAACGGACUAAAUAACCUGAGAGGACACUUAGAAAUUAAAAAUCUGAGACACGGGAAAGAUGCUACGUCAGAAUGUAAGGCUGCAAAUUUAAAGGAGAAACAACAUCUUGAUGCUUUGGAUUUACGGUGGAGUUUCAAAUUAGGAGGUGUCAUUGCUUCGGACGAUAUUGUUGAUGAUGAAGUGUUAUUGGAAGUCCUCCAACCGCACCUAAAUCUGAAACAACUUCGUUUAGAAGGCAAUUACGGUUCAAGGCUUCCGAUUUGGCUUUUGUCACUCACAAAUCUUGUUAGAUUUCAGUUAGAGCGGUGUAAGAAUUGCCAGUAUCUGCCACCAUUGAAUCAACUUCCUUCUCUCAAAGUUCUUUGUCUUCUCAGAAUGGAUGCUCUGGAGUACAUAUCAUUAGGCAGUGGUGAUAGCAAUGAGUUUUCUUCCUUUUUCUCCUCUCUUGAGGAAAUCAACCUCCAAUUUUGCCCUAAUCUCAAGGGGUGGUUGAGGAGGAGGGAUUCUUCUGUGGAGGUCAAUAGUGAUAGUCAUAAUUUUGUUGAAAUAACGGAGCAUCCUUUACUCCCUUCCUUUCCUCGUCUUUCAAAAUUAGACAUUUUUCGUUGCCCUUUGUUGACCUCCAUGCCAAUGUUUCCACAUCUUGAAGAAUAUUUUUAUAUUGAAAAUUCUAGCUCAAAGCCACUGCAACAGACAAUGAUGAUGAAUAUGGCAACACCGCAAAGUCCAACGUCAACAGCAACAGCCUCCUCUUCAUCCACUCCUCUCUCAAAAUUGAAGUCUAUACAACUGACUAGCAUUGAGGAUCUAGAAACUCUGCCAGAAGAUUGGUCAAAAAACCUCACUUCUCUCGAAUCUUUAAAGAUAUUUAGCUGCAAUAGGUUAAGUUCUCUUUCCCCAGGUAUACAACAUCUCACUGCCCUGCAAAACCUGGUCCUUUAUAAUUGUCGUGUGCUUGAGCCUGUCAAUGAUGAGGAUGGGAUGCAGUGGCAAGGCCUUAAGAGCCUCCUCUCUUUGAAUAUUCAAAAUCUUCCGAAAUUGGUGUCUCUUCCGUUGGGGCUUCAACAUGCAACCACUCUACAAAGCCUCGAGAUUUCAAAUUGUGAAAACUUGACGGCUAUACCAGAGUGGAUCCACAACUGCACAUCACUUCAAAAGCUUGUAAUUAAGGGAUGCGCCAAUUUGACAUCACUGCCCGAAGGAAUGCGUAGCCUAACGUAUUUGCAGACGCUGAAAAUUGAGGAGUGUCCCAUCUUACUGCAAAGAUGUGAGAGAGAAGCGGGUGAGGAUUGGGCCAAGAUUGCUCACAUUCCAGAGUUAAAAUUAACGUAUCCAGAGUCAGAUGCAGAAGUAGCAGAACCAGCUAAAGAACAGAAGAAACAGAGGAUUUGGAGUAUAUUCAAAAAAUCUAGGGCGCUGAAUGCAUGAUUCUUCACAUAUCAGGAGAAACAAUUAGCCUCUAUUCUUGCUCUUCCCACCAAUUCACUGCUGUCAUAUCGAGCUAAAGGCAGUAAAUCAAGUCACGGAUCAUCAAGAUCUUUGCCCAGCCCUACACCAUGGUGUGACGAUUGGGCGUUGUUUGGUGGGACGAAGCCCAGAUUGGUCUCUACACGGGAUUGGGAAAAAGUAGAAGAAGCAUGUUAAAGCAUACCACAACAAAAGCGGCAACAUGAAGCCAAACAUUGUUCCUAAUUGCAUUUGAUAAGAGAGCCACAUGAUCUCCUUUGAAGUGGAUACCAACAUCAACUAGACUUGCAAGCUUCUGAAUCUCAGGUUUUGGUUGAUCUGGAGAGUGAGCUAGUUUUCGUGGGUCUUCCUUGGGUCCGUGAUGGGAUUGGAGGGAAAGAUGCACUCUCUUGACUCGGAGGGAGUUAAGUUUAGGCUAGAGCUUUAUGGGGUCUUCUUUGAGCUAGUGGUUCAAUUUAGGCUUUGGGUGGGAUUGAAUAGUGGUUCAGAGAAAGUGUGAGAGUGCGGUAACAUGUCUGUUGUCACUCCUUGAGUCAACCACUUGAGUCAAACCCUUGUCACGGCUAUACCAAAGUGGAUCCACAACUGCACAUCACUUCAAGAGCUUGUAAUUAAUGGAUGCGCCAAUUUGACAUCACUGCCCAAAGGAAUCCAUAGCUUAAUGUCUUUGCAGAGGCUGAAAAUUGAGAAGUGUCCCAUCUUAUUGCAAAGAUGCGAGAGAGAAGUAGGUGAGGAUUGGGCCAAGAUUGCUCACAUUCGAAACUUAGAAUUAAACUAUCCAGAUUCCGAUGCAGAAGUAGAAGAACCAGCUAAAGAAAAAGAGGAUUUGGAGCAUAUUCAAAAAAUCUAGGGCGUUGAAUUCAUGAUUCCUCUAUUGCGUGAUGUCAAACAAAAGACAGUAAAGUCAAGUCACCCAUCAAGAUCCUUGCCCACCCCUACACCAAGGUGUGCGAGCUGUACUGGGCAGGAGGAUUGAGCGCUGAUUGUUGGGAUGAAGCCAGAUUGGCAUCUACAUGGGAAUUGCAUUUGUGAGUGAAGAAAAGUGGGAAUUGCGUGUUGUUGUUGUUGUUAAUGGUGGAGUAUUGCCAAAUGAAAGAGGCAUACGAGAGCUAGAGCAAGAUCAGCUUCUGCUUGAUCUUCACCGCCACAGAGGUUGUGCAAAUGAAUUUGGAGGAAUUAAUGCUUCGAUUCAAUUCAGAAGUUUGAUGUUUUUAGAAAGAAAAAAAAUAGAAGUAAAAAUAUUUCUUCUAAAAGUAGAACUAGAAAAAGAUGCGGUGGUAAUUUAUUUGGUAAGUGGAUUUGGAAGUCGAUGCAUAGAAGGAUUCUUUGAGUUGAGUUUUGGUUAGAGUGAAAUAUAUAAAGUUGCCAGGGAAGCAAUGAAGUCACCUCAAACAAUUAAACUAGGCAGAAUUUGGAGGAAUUAAGCGUCGAAAUCACUACAUAAUUCUGCAGUCUUGGGGCGAGUACUCUGAAUGAGUGACCGUGAAUCUUGCAAACUCCGAUCCUUUUGAGGAUGAUUGGGUUGCAGUUUUUUCUCCUGCAAACUUCAUUUGUGAUUUGAUAUCAAGGAGAUAGCAAGGAACUUCUACAAAAUGUGUCAUCUUUGCUGAAAUUGGGGGGGUCAUUUUUUUGGUCAACGAUGACUUUUCUGCUAUGGAAAAUUCAUCACCCUGAAACGUUUAGCUGGUGGCUCCAAAAGAGUUUGGGUUCCUUAUUUUCCAGGUGCACAGUCAUAUGAUGAUGAUAAGAAGCAAAGGAGACUCGAGAGAUGGCAGGGCAAUGUUGUUGUGAACUGAUCACAAAUGUUCUCUAGACUUCUAUACAUGUUCAUUCGGACGAGGUACAAAUUCCAGAUUCACAGAGACGUUCGUUUGCAUUAGUGUUUGAAGCAUGUCCGAACGAGACAUCAAUUCCCGAUUCACUGAGACAUGCUUCUGCAAUGACGUCUGAAUCUAUUCUAAACGAGAUGGUUUUCUAGACUUAUAGAGAUGCUCGUCUGCAAGUAGUUUGGACGCGCAGCAUCAAGUUUCUUGAUUUAGUUGUGAUUAACCUAGUUGCAUCCACACGAGAAAGGACCUCAUCCAGACGCCAACUAAGUUAUGCAGUUUUAUUUUCAUAGUUUGUAUUCUGUUAGACUAGGGACUCUUGUAGUUUAUAUAUUGGAAACUACUAAGCACAAAAUAGAUGUAGAUUCUACGUGAGAAUAAGUGUGCUAAGAGAGCUAAAACUGAUCAUGAACAAUGCACGAAGCCUAUCGGAGUUCCGGUGAAGGAGAUCAAAUAAAAGAAACAUUUUAGAAGUUCUGGGAGAAUUACUGCGGUAGCGGACAAGUGUGUUACUUGUUUAGUACACGAAAUUGUCAUUUGCAAAUGUUUUGUUAAGUGUUGAAAUUGUGUAAUUUCUCCUUUUUUUAUCGUAAAGUGAUUUCUUGGGUU